UUCACAGCAUCUUUCCACACACCCAUUGGUUCUCCGGGUGUCCUUGUGUUUGAUCAUCUGGAUGAGGGAGUUAAACAUGCCCUCACUACAUCUGCAGAUGACACCAAGUUGGAGGAAGCGUUGGAUCUACUGCUCAUUUCAAAUUUUGUCCUUUGGCGAUAGAUGAAAGUACAGACGUUGCAGAUAAGGCACGGUUUGCCGUUUUUGUUGUUGAUAACGAAGAUAAUGUCACGAAAUCCCUUCUUUUUCGUUGAAGCGUUCCGCAGGCGUCGCCGCUCAGCAAGGCGUUAUACCGACCGCCCUCCUCGCCGGCGGAACGGCCAGUGGAGCGGCGGCCAACAUGGCCCCCGGCGGGCAUGGCGGGGCGGCGCCGCGUGGGCGGUGCGGAGGAACGGCCGCCUCCCGGGGCGGGGUUUUCCGAGCCGUGCUUUAAAUGGGCGCGGGGGGGCCAGGCGGCGUGCCGCCAUGGCGUUCCCGGUGUUGUGGGUUGUAGCGCUGCUGACGCCCGCCGUGGCGGCGCUGACGGAGCUGGGGGGCUGCGGACCGUGCGAUGCGGCGCGGUGCCCGGCGCUGCCGCCGCGGGGCUGCCCGCUGGGCCGGGUGCGGGACGCCUGCGGGUGCUGCUGGCAGUGCGGGCGCGGCGAGGGCGAGGCGUGCGGCGGCGCCGGCGUUGGCGGCGGGCGCUGCGCCGCCGGGCUGGAGUGCGUGAAGAGCCGCAAGCGCCGUAAGGCGAAGGGCGGCCCGGGCCCCGCCGCCGCCUCCGGCUCCGUCGCCCCCGUCGGGGUGUGCGUGUGCAAGAGCCGCUACCCGGUGUGCGGCAGCGACGGGCUCACCUACGGCAGCGGCUGCCAGCUCCGCGCCGCCAGCCUGCGCGCACAGAGCCGCGGCGAGCCCGCCAUCAGCCAGCGCAGCAAGGGAGCCUGCGAGCAAGGACCCUCCAUUGUGACCCCUCCUAAGGACAUCUGGAAUGUGACAGGAGCACAGAUCUACUUGAGCUGUGAAGUCAUUGGCAUCCCAACACCUGUCCUCAUCUGGAACAAGAUCAUUCAAGGACAGUAUGGUAUCCAGAGAAUGGAGCUUCUGCCUGGCGACCGAGAAAAUCUGGCUAUUCAGACCCGAGGGGGCCCUGAGAAACAUGAAGUGACCGGCUGGGUACUGAUAUCUCCUCUGAGCAAAGAAGAUGCUGGAGAAUAUGAAUGUCACGCAUCAAAUGCCAAAGGAGAGGCAACAGCUUCUGCAAAAAUUCAUGUUGUGGAAACUCUGCAUGAAAUAGCCCUGACAAAGGGAAAUAAACAUACUUUUAAAGAGCACACAGCUGAUGAGUAAGACUAUUUUAAACACAACCUACACAAAAUGAAACAAAAUCUAAAUACUUCAGUCUCACAUUUUAAAAAACCUCAUUAAGAAGCUAAACACUCAUCAUCCGAGGUGCAAUGCUCAUAGACAUCAGUUCUUGGAAGAGGAGUUUGCAGGCAUAAGGCAUUCGAACCAAAGAUAUCUGGGAAGAGAUUUCAAGAGAGUUGUGAUUGAUUAAUAAAUAACUACCCAACUACCUUGUCAAGUUUUUUGACUCCAAACUGGAUCUGAAUGAUUCUAUCAAACUCAAAGAGGGUUUGAUAGAAGUAGAAGAGGGUGCAUUUAGGUUGGAUAUAAGGAAAAAGUCAUUUUACAGUGAGGGUGGCGAGAUGAGGCAAUGGCACAGAUUGCCCAGAGAGUUGAUGGAAGCCCUGGAGACAUUAAAAGGCUGGAUGGGGCUCUGAGCAACCUGAUGUAGUUGUCCCUGUUCAUUGCAGGGGAGUUGGACCAAAUAGCUUUUAAAGGUCCUUUCCACCUCUGUGUAUUCUAUGAUUCUGAAUCACGCAUGAAAGCAUUUAACAAGGAUUGCUUAAGGACAGCAAGAAAGCAAGAGGGAAGCAGAGACAGUCUAUAGAGUGUACAAAACAGCUAUUCAGAAUUAACUUUUGAAAAAGAAAAAAAAAAUGGCAGCCAAGGGAUCUGAUCUUCAG